CACAAAUUUGAAUUAUACAUUGUUUUCUUAACAUAAUAAGAAAACAUUUUUUAAUAAAAAUUAUAUAAAAUUUAUUUAGUAUGUGUAAAUUAUUUUAAACUAAUAAAGUGAACUUGAAAUAAGCUUCCUGUGAACUGGAAUGAAGCUCUCAGGGAGCUCUUAAAAACAGACGUAGGAGCUCCUGGGAAGUUUAUAUGGGAGCUUCCCGCGAACUUAAAUAAUGUUCGCAAAGAACUAAAAAAAUUGAUUUUUAAGUUUCCUGCGAGCUUAAAUUAAGCUUUUUGUGAAUUUAAAUAAAGCUCCUAGGAAGCUCCUACGUCCUCUUUUGAAAGCUCUCUGAAAGCUUCAUUUAAGUUCACAGGAAGCUUAAAUAAAGCUCCCAGAGAGCUUAAAUGAAGGUCUCAAGGAGCUUACAUGAAACUUCUAGAAAGUUCUUAAAAGCAGAUAUAGGAGCUCCCAGGGAACUCUGUACGAGUUCUUUUGAAGUUUAAAAUGAAGCUUAAAAAAAUUUGAUGAGUUCCCCGGGAGCUCUCUAGGAGUUCCCUGUGCUAUGUGGGUAUCUAACGAAGAUCACAUACCUAACAAAGAGUUAUGUCACAAUUUUUAAUUUUUUAUUUAUAAUUAACUGGCAAUAAAUAUUCUUUGCUAAUUAAGAUUUUUGAACAUGAUUGUAUUUUUUCUAGCAGCUAAAGUGCGGACACUGUACAUGGCUAUUGAAUAGUCAUUGUCAAAAUUUAUGAAAACACCAGUGCUUUGCAGACUUCAAUGAGACUAAAGAUCUACUCAAUGUUGAUCAAAACUCAAUUGUUACUAUUGUAAGAAACGGAAAUGUAAACAAGAAUACGAUGCAUCAAGAGCAAUCACAGCCAUCAACAUCGGCCUAUAAUGACAUUGAUGAAACUUCUAAUAAUGGCUGUCAUGGAAAGACCAGCAUUAUUUGAUCAUAGAAUUGAUAUACGGGAGCGAUCAAAAUUGAAAAAAAUGCAUUAUGGGAAGAAAUUAGAAAUAUCUUUAAUGGUGUUAUGUCAAUUGAAGGACUACAAAAAAAAUGGAAAUAUCAUCGUGACUGCUAUGUGAGAGCUAGAAAAAAGUCAAAAACAUAUGUUCCUAGUGGAUCUGGCGCAUUGUCACAAAAUUUUAAGAGUUCCUAUAGAAUUGAAUUGAUGAUAACCUUUGGAUGACACUCUGCAAAUGGAAACUAAGUACGUUAUCGUUAUCACACCUGCCACUGAAGAGAGUGCUACUUCUGGAUAUUUAUCGGAUGUAUGUAUGUUACCUGAAUCUGACAAUUCCAUGGAAAACGAUAAUGCCAAAUUUCGACCGCAAACUCCACUUAAUCAUUCAUCUCGAACUCCGACACCUAAUUCAACAAACGCUGAUAAUUCUAUGGAUAAUGAUGAUGCCAGAUUUCGACCGCGAACUCCACUUAUAAAUCGCUUAUCUCGAACUCCGACACCCAAUUCGACAAACGCUAAAAAGCGAAAAGUUGAUGAUUAAUCAUCCGUUGUAGAAUCAGCUAUUUUGGAUGUGUUAAAGGCGCCUGUUCAACAAAUGGAUGCAGUAUAUAGCCCAGAUGGCACAGUAGUCCAGAAAAAGUUCAAAAAGGCUUCAUUGAAAAGUGUUACUUAUGAACUCUUUCAAACAGAUCAUAUAGUAUUCAAAAUCAGUUCAUUUUUCUUACUUCAAAAUGAUUAAAGAAAGCUGAACUCUUUAAGAACUCUUAAAUAAUUCCGGUGACAUAACUCUACCUUGCGCAGCUCGCGCAUGACGUAACCUAAGCCGAUUGGCUUGUGCGAUGCACAAGAAAGAAGUGCGUGCGCCUCUCAGAGGAAGCAUGCAUUGCUUUCGAAUCAUCAAACGGCCAUGUGAACGGGUCGCAUGGACUGCAUGAAUAAAAGUUGUUGAAUCCCAAGCAGAACAGGGAGUCAUCACGACGUCAAAAUGAUGUCAAAGUGACUGUAAAAUGAUCAUUAA